GGGCCUCAUAUGUCUGAGCCGGCGGAGAGCACGUGAAUGUAUCAUAGUUGGAGGCGACGGAGAGGAGAGAGGAAAGAGGAGAGUAAAGGAGAGAGGAAGGAAGGAAGGAAGGAAGGGACCUGUAAUACAUUCAGCCUCGCACUCUUGGCGCCAAUCCGAUUUAAAGAGAACAAAAAGCAGCUUUUUUUUCAUUGACGUUUUAAUCAGAUCUGCGUCUAAAACUGCUGCUCCUCUCAGCCAGCGGCCGGUGCUACAUCCAGCUAGCCUCGUUAGCUCCUCUCUGUCUCUGUCUCAUUGUCAUAGUAAUCUGCUCCAGCUCUCUGUCUGUCUGCAGGGACACAACUCAGUCCAACACAAGGGGACAAUAGGUGUGUUUCUGUCUCCAGGGGGACCGAUAGGACACCGCUGAGGACAUGGGGAGGAAGUCCAACAGAGCAAAGGAGAAGAAAGCCCGGCGUCAGGAGGAGAGGGCAGCCAUGGACGCCGUGUGUGCCAAGGUGGACGCAGCCAAUAAGCUUGAUGACCCACUGGCUGCCUUCCCAGCCUUCAAAAAGUACGACAGAAAUGGGCUGAACCUGCAGAUAGAGUGUAAGAGAGUGACCACCCUCAACCCGCUGUCUGUGGAGUGGGCCUUCGAACUCACCAGAGCCAACAUGCAGACACUGUACGAGCAGAGCGAGUGGGGGUGGAAGGAGAGGGAAAAGAGGGAUGAGAUGAACGACGAGAGGGCGUGGUACCUACUGGCCCGCGACGGAGACUCCGCCCCGGUGGCCUUCUCUCACUUCCGGUUCGACGUGGAGUGUGGGGAGGAGGUUUUAUAUUGCUAUGAGGUGCAGUUAGAGAGCCGAGUGCGGAGGAAAGGACUCGGGAAGUUCCUCAUCCAGAUACUACAGCUCAUCGCUAACAGUACACAGAUGAAGAAAGUGAUGUUGACAGUUUUCAAACACAACCACGGGGCUUACCAGUUCUUCAGAGAAGCUUUACAGUUUGAGAUCGACGAGACUUCGCCAAGCAUGUCCGGUUGCUGUGGCGACGACUGCUCUUACGAGAUCCUCAGCCGGCGGACCAAACACGGCGAGGCCUCGGCGGGACACACCCACGGGGGCGGGCACUGCGGGGGCUGCUGCCACUGAUCCGCUUCAGUCACACCUUUUUAAAUGAUUGGUUAAAAAAAAGCCAGCAACUUUUCAUGGCUGUGUGUGAAAGCUUUGAGCUGCCUGCUACACUGCAAGCGUUUUCAGUUUGACCGGCUGUAGAGCGCCGUUAAAAGUGAACCGAUGGCGGGGGAAUACCCGGCUACAGAUAUUGGUGUCGCAUUAUGGAUUGAGAUUUAUGUUUUUUUUUUGUGUAUUCUUGCUCCAAAAAGCAGUAUGCAGUGUGAGCUUUCACACAUAGCUCCUGUUCUUUUCUUUCUUACUUCUUGGUUCAAUGUCCAAGCCAUCUUUUCUCAUUCUCUUAUCCCAGUUAAUGAUGACAAUUAGUAGUUCCCAGUCAAGAAAAAGCUAACUGCUGACAUUUUCUACCACCACAAAGAACCUCAUCCCACCCUGCUCUCACCUCCUCCUACUGUAUCCAAUCACUCUGCAGUGCUUCUUAAACUAGCUUCUUGGCCUAAGGCUGUAUUAUAGAAACUUACUACCUCAAGUCAAGAUUUCAGAGUACAUUUUUCUAAAUAAAUCAUGCCCUCACUCAAGAAGAGUUAGUCAGUUUCUGUUAUACAGCCCCUGAUUUCUUUGGGACCUCACGAUGAGAGCUUGUUUCACUGAACCAGGGUCCCAGGAUUAGGCUGAAUCUACUCACAUUCGGGUCCCAGAAACACAGUCUGAGCAGCCCUGCUGUACUGUUAUGUCACCUGUUAGACUGUAAGUUAUAUGCACAUAUGGCUUGUAAAUCGUUUUUGUAACAAAAGUAAAAAACAUUAUAUACUACUGUUACAAGAUAACACUCCACUAUUGGCACCACCCAUCUUCUCUAAUCAGGUGAUAAAUCUAUAGGCGUCUCCCUUGCUUUUAAUUUUUAUAACUUAUGAGACAAGAUGUCCAAGAUUGCCCUUUUCUUUAUUAUGCUUUCCGUUCUUCCCCAGUUAGUCAAUAAAAAAUAUUAAAUUCCUCAUCAUCUGUUGCUGUCAAAUCUGCAUCCAACCUAGAAAACAAUCCCAGUAUGACUCUGGCUCAUUUAGAUGUUCAAAUUGCUUUAACCCCCAGCCAUAAUUCCUUAUCAGAGGUACAUGUCAUGACUCUGUUUUCGGCUUCAUUCAUUCAUUAAUUUUCCCCUUUCUUCCCACCAUCUUUAUCUUGUUUCCGUGCUUACACGUUCAACUCCCCAUCCGUUGUUUUCCCGUGCUUCACAUCUGUAAAAAGUUCACCCCCCCUGUCCUUUCUGCCUCCGUUCUCCCUCCGCGUCCUAAAGGUGUCGAACGAUGACCGCACGCCCGUUCACGUUGCUCUCAUCUUUACUCACCUUUUGUACAAUUGCAUCACUCCUGCUCGCCUCUUCGUUCUAGGGUACUAACGAUAAACAAGUUGAUGUUGACGCUACCUUUUUAGCUGUAUUUAAGAAAUACUAAAAACUCCAUCCUCCAUCCCUUCUCUUACAUAUUUCGUUAGCAUGAGCAAAUCAUAUUGAUUUAACAUGGAUGAGGAUCGGUAGAAGUCUCAUUACGUGGCCGUGUGAAGCCGAUGAAUGCUAUGUUAACUUGGAGGAGGGAACACGGAUUGGAUGGAUGGAUGGAUGAUGGAAGUAAUUGCAGAGCACUGAAAGUGUUUUUUUUAUGGUCGUUGUUGCUCUUCUUCUCCUCAGUCAUCACCUGUUUCCCCAGCCCGCUGUCAUUAGUUUGUAUGACAGAAUUUAGAAAACAAAAGUCCUAAAUCAUGAUCAAUUGACAGCGAUGCCGCUUCUAAAAUCCUCAUGUGGGACCACUAGCAUUACUUCAAUAUUUCGUACAAAUACCCCCUGAACACCAGUGCAUGUUAGAAGUAUGUGAUAGGAGGAGGUGUGUGGAAUUUAAAGUUUGAAGUUUGGUAUUCCUUAAAGCAUCUUGGCACAAAGUACUGUAAGAGUUGUACUGCCCAUUCACUUCUAAUUGGUCCAGAAUAAUCCCACUGCCAAGAUUCUUGUAGGAGCUCCACGUAGGAUUUUAGAGACUUUGAUCUGGUUGAUUUCAUAUCUGUUUACAAAGCCUUCAGGGUAUUUUUGGACAGUUUCGAGUGCCAGUCGGCUGGGUUAGAAGCCCCAUCUUGAAACCACCAUAAAACCCUUUAAUUCCAGGACUGUAGUCAGUUUUGUACAGAUUCUCCUUGUGGGCUGAAGGUGUAAAAGAUAUCACUUUACACUGCUGUGGAUGUUCAGAUUCCUCUUCUGUAGUGUGGCUGUGAAGGGCUUCGAAUGGUACGUUUCGAAAUGUUUUUUAAAAACCGGUCAUAUCAAGGCUCAACUUGAGAUUUCAUAAUGCCUGGUCAGAGUAUGUGAUGCAGGGGAGACUGAAAUGUGAAGUUGACAGACACUUUCUUACACCUAGAUACUGAAAUAAUCUGUGUUGCAAAAAGGACAAAAUGUUAUCACCAAAAAAAAAAGCCCCCUUUUGGAAAGUCCAGAUCCUGGGGUGAAAGUUUCAGGUUGUUUCCAGACUUGGUAGAGACAAAAAAACUAUUCAGCACCUAGAGACGACAUAUUGGUGUCUCAUGCUUGUUUGAUCAUGAACAACAAAACCAAUUAAACAACAUAUUGCUUGUUUUAGUUCUAGACUACCUUCUGAUAAGUACAGUGAGUCAUUUUUUGUACUGCAUAGGUUCCAAUAAAAAGAGGAUGUUGUACAUAGUGGUAGUAAAUCAACCGACUGACAGUCUCUCUCUCAGGUUAAUCAAACGUAAUCAAACCUCAUCAGUUUUAUUUAACAGUUCGCUGGAUUGGAUUGGCCACAGCUCUGACCUAGAGUCAGUUCUUGUUUGUGUGUCAUGCCAUAGUAUUUAAAGAAACUGAUAACACCACUUUUUGAGGAGGUGAUUUUUAUUUUUACGAUGUGUUACAGUAAAAUAAAAAGCUCCUCUAUGCCUUGGAAAUGUGAAAUUGCAUGAAAGUGAAUGACACGACGUUUGAACUGACUCUAGAUCAGUGCUCAGUUGUUACAUUAAAUCCAGAUAGUUGGGCUGUCUUUUUAAAAAAAAGGCUCACUGAAAGUAAAAAUGCUUUUUGUGAAAAUAUCUUCAGUUUGAAAAAUGAGCCUAAACUUAACCCGUUUAUUUUACGUCAGUGAGUACUUUUAUUUUAGGAAAUGGUUACAUACCCUCACAAAAUCAUAGAUCCUUCUCUUGGUCUUUUUCUCUGUGUAUAUAUAUAAGCUGUUGUGGAUCCGUCUUCAUUUUCAUUUCUUGGCCUUUUACAGGUGAAACACUUUUUGAACAUGUUAAAAAGUAAAACUCCAUGUUUGAGAGUGAGUGUUACAGUCCUGUCCAUAAACGACAAUGAAAGGGAAAACUAAGUCAUUCUGCCUUGUCAGUGUUUUAUUUGUAUGUUACAAAUAAAGGAAAGUUGUUUGACUUUUCAAGAGA